CGUGGGUGUUGGGGCGGUGCUGUCCCAACGCAGCUGCCAGGACGAUCGCCUCCACCCGUGCGCCUUUUUUUCUCGCCGCUUGUCGGCCUCGGAGCGGAACUAUGACAUUGGCAACCGGGAGCUCCUCGCCAUCAAGUUGGCCUUGGAGGAGUGGCGGCAUUGGCUGGAGGGCGCCACCACGCCGUUCAUCGUCUGGACCGACCACCGUAACCUGGAGUACCUGAGAUCGGCCAAGAGGCUGAACGCGAGGCAAGCAUGGUGGGCUCUGUUCUUUGACCGGUUUGAGUUCUCUCUCUCCUACAGGCCGGGUUCCGCGAAGGCGGAUGCCCUGUCGCGUUCGUUUCCUGGCGGGGAGGAGGGACGGGGUACGCCUCCCACUAUUCUCCCGAGCUCGGUGCGGGUGGCGGCGCUGUCAUGGGAGAUUGAACGCCAAGUGGAAGCCGCAUCAUGCGAUCAACCCGGCCCCAGCAACUGCCCGGAAGGUCGCCUGUUCGUCCCUGAGGGCCUGCGCUCGUCCGUACUGCAAUGGGCACACGACUCACGCCUGGUCUGUGAUCCCGGAGCUGCGCGCACGAGGUACGUGGUGGCGCAGCGUUUCUGGUGGCCGACCUGGCAAGUGGACACCGGCGAUUACGUCAGAGCCUGCUCAAUAUGUAACCGCUGUAAGACCUCUACUCAUCCUCCGGCCGGGCUACUCCAACCCUUGCCGAUUCCCCGGCGUCCCUGGUCUCACCUAAACCAUCGACUUUGUCACGGGCCUUCCCCCCUCGGAGGGGAACACGGUGGUCCUCACGGUGGUGGACCGGUUCAGCAAAAUGACGCACUUCAUUCCUCUGCCUAAGCUUCCGUCCGCGAAGCAGACUGCGUCCAUUAUGGUGCGGGAGGUGUUUCGUCACCACGGCCUCCCACAGGACAUCGUGUCGGACCGUGGCCCGCAGUUCGCGUCCACCUUCUGGGCGGAGUUCUGCCGACUCCUCGGCGCUACGGCCAGCCUCUCGUCGGGGUUGCACCCUCAGUCCAAUGGUCAAGCGGAGCGUCUGAACCAGGAGCUGGGCAGGUCCCUCCGAUGCAUGGCCGCCGGGGAGCAGCGUGGGUGGGUCCAACAGCUUCCUUGGGUGGAGUACGCCCACAAUUCCCUCCCCAGCUCGGCUACGGGACUGUCGCCCUUCCACUGCGUCUUCGGGUACCAGCCACCCUUGUUCGCCCACCAGGAACGUGACACGGCGUGCCCGUCGGCCCAGGCUUGUGUCCGCCGUUGUCGUCGUGCCUGGGCGAGGGCCCGGACCGCUCUUCUCCGCUCUGUUUCAGGCUACGCCCGCCAGGCAAACAAGCGCCGAUCGCCGGCUCCGGAGUACAGAGUGGGCCAGCGGGUGUGGCUCUCGACGCAGGAUUUGCCGCAGCGAACGAAAUCCCGCAUGCUGGCGCCGCGCUUUGUUGGACCGUUUCCCAUCCAGAAGGUGAUCAGCCCGUCCGCCGUCCGUCUCCUCUUUCCGGAGUCCAUGAAGGUACACCCCACGUUCCAUGUGUCCCGUGUGUCUUUGAGAGCGCAUUGGCGCCGGCGCCCGUGCCGCCGCCGCCGCCCCAGCUCGUCGAGGGGGGCCCGGCUUACGCCGUCCGCUCCCUGCUCCGAUCGCGGCGGAGCGGUCGUGGCUUCCAAUACCUGGUGGAUUGGGAGGGCUAUGACGACGCCCACCGCUCCUGGGUCCCGAGCCGCUGGAUCCUCGACCGUUCGCUCAUCACGGAGUUCCAUCGCUGUCACCCGGACCAACCGGGCCCCCGGCGCGGACGGCCGAGGGCGGUUGAGGGGCCCAGGGGUAAGGGCCCGAGGCGGCCUUGUCCACCGGUGCCGUAGUCUUCUGCCCCCGCGUCCGUCAAUCCUGCGUCCGACGAGGAAUCGGACGUUUCGACGGAGUACUAACCCCGCCUGGUCGUACGGGGGGUCCUUUGGUCUUUUUUGUGUUUUAGUGCUCUGGGGACGUCAGGAGCCGUCCCUUGUGGGGGGGGUUCUGUCACGUACCGGCGCCACCUGAGACAGGACCACGCCCCCCUAUCAGCGGAAUCGCCGCCACCUGCCACAGGCUCAGGGACAGCGCUAUAUCAAUCCCGCCAGCGCAGACCCGAGUGUCCGUCUGUCGCAUGAUAUUACUUCGCUCUCCGGUCCACGGCAAACUGGCGUCCAUGAAGAAUCGAACAUACCGUAGAACAGCUUGUUCUUCCCAGCCUGAUCGCUGAUCCAGCGCCAGCUUCAGUUACUCCCACCUUACCCUCUAUUGCUACGCACUUGGCUGUACUGUCCAAUCCCUUACAUAUACGUAUAUAUGCAAUCUGAUACAUAUUAUGGGAUCGCAGACUGCGGCGAUGCGGUCUCGUGGGACAUUGAGCGCCAAGUGAGGGCAGCCACACGAGAUCACCCCGGCCCCAGCAACUGCCCGGAGGGCCUCCUAUUCAUUCCAGACAACCUAUGGGCAUCCGUCUUGCAAUGGGCGCACGUCUCCCGCCUCGCCUGUCAUCCCGAGGUUACCGGCACAAGGUACGUAGUGUCCCAGCGCUUUUGGUGGCCCACCUGGAGGGAGGACUCAAGCGAUUACGUCCGAGCCUGCUCCGUCUGUAACCGCUAUAAAUCGUCUAAUUGUUCUCUGGCUGGGCUGCUUCAAGACUUGCCAGUGCUCCGGCGUCCCUGGUCUCACCUGUCCAUCGAAUUUGUCACGGGCCUCCUUCCAUCCAAAGGGAACACGGUAGUUCUCACUAUUGUUGAUCGGUUUAGCAAGAUAUUACAUUUAUUCCCCUGCUCUAGCUCCCCUCCGCGAAGCAAACAGCGCUGAUUCUUCUGCGGGAAGUGUUUUGACACCACGGCUUCCUACAGGACAUCGUGUCGGAUCCUUGCUCACAAUUUUCUUCUGCUUUCUGGGCAGAGUUCUGCCGGCUCCUCUGCGCCACGGGCAGCCUUUCCACUGGCUUUCACCCGCAGUCUAAUGGGCAGGCAGAGCGCCUGAACCAGGAGCUGGGCCAGUCUCUCCGGUGCAUGGCCGCGAGAGAUCAGCGCAGGAGCGAAGCACGGUGUGCCCGUCAGCCCUGGCGUAUGUUUGCCGCUGUCAUCGGGCUUGGGUGAGAGCCCGAGCCUCCAUCCUCUGCACAGUCUCAAGCUACGCUUGCCAGGCUAACAAGCGGCGAAUGCCGGCCCCGGCGUAUCUGGCUGGGCAGCGAGUGUGGCUCUCUGCGCGGGACCUGCCAUUGCGAGCGGAAUCCCUCAAACUGGCGCUUCGUUUUUUGGGGCCAUUCCCGCCAUCCGUCUGCGCCUGCCAGGCUCCAUGGAGGUCCACCCCACGUUCCAUGUGUCACGAGUGCCGCCCGUCCAUGACAGCACAUUGGCACCAGUGUCCGCUCGAGGUAGAGCCGGUGUACACCGUCCGAUCCUUGCUCCAGCGCAGACACGGCAUCCAGUACCUUGUGGACUGGGAGGGCUACAAUGACGCGCACCGCUCCUGGGUGCCAAGCCGUUGGCUUCUUGACCCGACACUCAUCACUGAAUUUCACCGCCGACAUCCAGACCAGCCUGCCAAGAAGGCACCCAAGAGGAUCCGAUGGGACCGCGACGUCCGGUCGCGCACGGCGCCUCCCACCAGCAUCUGAGUCAUCCGCUCCUGAAACCCCGGCACCGGCGCCUUCCGCACCGGCUUCUCACAUCGCGGAAUCAGACGGGGCCCUGUUCUUGGGGACGUUGGGAGCCGUUCCUGGGGGGGGUCACGUGCCUGCAACCCCUGCACUCGGCCAUGCCCCCAUAAUCAGUAAAUCACCCACCCCUGUCACUGGCUUGUUAGGCUCCCCACUGUCAAGUGGCAUGGUGGUACAAGAUGGUGUAAAAUUAGGUAUUGAAUUUGGCCCAGGCACAUUGGCUAUCCCAAAACAUGUAGUAGUUCCAAAGUUUCACCAGGAGAUGGUAUUAAAGCUUGACAUAGGGGUGACCUGAUGGAAAUUAACAAAUCUAAUAAAUUAAAUUGUUAGCAAUUGGGAGGACACGACCUGUUCAGACACGUAGCAACGCACAAUUUUGGAAUAUGAGUUUGCGAUGCCAUGAUUUUAAGAUAUAACAGCUUGAGCAAUAGAUAUGUGUUUAAGUUGGAGGAACCCAUUAUUGUGUUAAGUACUAUUAAGUGUUGAGAUUGAUCUUUAUUAGACAAGAUAUAUAUGUGAUUCAUGUUGCAAUGUUUUGUCCAACCUGUAUUUAACAUUGGUGUUCCAUCCAUACCUGAAUGUAUUAAGUUGAGAGGAAACAUUAAGGGCUAAUAGUGAAAGAAAGAACCAGCAAAACAGGAAACAUCUGCAUCCGGUGACGGACUGCUGUCAGGCGCAGUGGUUGCUGCUUGAAGCAAGGUUGCCAAGACAACCAGUGGUGCAGGAAUUCUGACCUUUCACCUACAUAUUACGAUGAGGUAAUGCCAGAAGCCUAUGAAUAUGUUGCCUGGACACAGAGCGGGGGCGCUUCUUCCUAGUCAGGACGAUGGCCGUGACGCUGCCCGGAGUAAAAGAACGAAGAUGGAUUUUUCAUUCUUUUUGAGAUUGAACCAAAGUCUACUAAGAUGAAUUUCCAGAGUCUUUGAAUUGGACUUUGUCAAAUUUUAAUUGUCAAAUUUUAAGCUUCGAGGAAGGCAGAGGAGACAGCCGCUCCGGGCAGAAAGGGGAAGACGCCAAUUCUUUUGGCUAUGCUCCUCACGGCCAGACCUUUCCUCUUUUUUAAACAGAAUUUGGAUUUUGGAACAAAGGAGAGCCGAUCACUCGACUUGGAUUUUAGAAAUAGGAUUUUAGACCUUUAGUCUCCUCUUUUGUUCUGCGUGGGUGAGUCUUGUUUUUUUGUUUUUUUGACUUGUAAUUAUUUUUCUUGCUUAUUCAUUAAAUCUCUU